AUGUUCCCCGCCGCGGCCCCCGGGACCCCCUCCGCGCCCCCGCCGGACCCUGCGCCCGCCGCCCGGGAGCAGAUCCGCCCGGUGGACCGGAGAGCGGCCGCGCGACAGGUGGAGGCGGGUCCGGUCCAGGUGGAGGAAAGCGUCGUGCGCGCCGGGAGGUUCGGCUUCGACAACCCGGCCUACGAGUUCGGCAGCCAGAGCGAGCUCCGCCCCCCGCCUCACGCCUUUCGGCCCGUCGCGGUCACUGAGCAGCCGGUCCAGGACCCGGGCUUCGCCUCGCCGGACGGCCGGGCGGAGACGGGCGGAGCGGAGGCGCCCGGCCGCACCGUGACGGUGUGGAUCGGCGGGAUGACCUGCGGCUCGUGCGUCCGCUCCAUCGAGGGGAGGAUCUCGGAGCUGGAGGGGGUCCGCUCCAUCCGGGUGUCUCUGCAGGAGGAGAAGGGGACCGUCACCUUCGACCCCGGGCUGACCGGCCCGGAGCUGCUGAGGGCCGCCAUCGAGGACAUGGGCUUCGACGCGUCGCUCCACGAGUCCGCCAGGAGAGAGGACGGCCCCCGGCCGGUGACCUCUGACCCCUCUCAGCCUGCGGACUCGGCGUCGCCGGCCUCCUCCCCUCAAGCCAAAGUGCAGAAGUGCUUCAUCCGGGUCACCGGGAUGACCUGCGCCUCCUGCGUGUCCAACAUCGAGAGGCACCUGCUGCGACACCAGGGGGUGGUGUCGGUGCUGGUGUCGCUGAUGGCGGGGAAGGCGGAGGUGAAGUACGAGCCGGGCGCGCUGCAGCCGGCGGCGGUGGCGCAGCUCAUCGCAGACCUGGGCUUCGGCGCGUCGCUGAUGGAGGACGGUGCUCAGACCCAGGGCCGGGUGGAGGUGACGGUGUCUGGCAUGACCGGCGCCUCCUGCGUGCACGCCGUCCAGUCGCGGCUCGCCGCCACCGCCGGCGUCCUCGCCGCCUCCGUCUCCCUGGCGACCGGCAAAGCCCAGGUGCACUUUGACCCCGAGGUGCUGGGGGUCCGCGACGUCGUCCGGAUCGUCCAGGUACAGGCCGCUCUGUCUUCUAGCCUCCUCCUCACUGCCUUCGCUCGGCUGACGGGGCGUCCCGCCGCUGCGUCCCGCCCCAGGGCCUCGGGUUCGAUGCCAGCGUGGAGAGGACGGGCUGCAGGAGCAACCUGGACCACACGGACGAGAUCCGACAGCAAGUGGAAGAACUCCUUCCUGCUCAGCCUGGUCUUCGGCCUGCCCGUCAUGGCGCUGAUGAUCUACAUGAUGGUGAUGGACGCCCGGCACCAGCAGCACGGGGGCGCCAUGUCCCAGGAGCACAACCUGCUGCCGGGGCUCUCGCCGCUCAACCUGGCCUUCUUCCUGCUCUGCACGCCGGUGCAGAUCUUCGGAGGUCGAUAUUUCUACAUCCAGGCGUUCCGCUCCCUCCGACACCGGCGGGCCAACAUGGACGUGCUCAUCGUGUUGGCCACCUCCAUCGCCUACGCCUACUCCUGCGUGGUGCUGCUGGUGGCCAUGGCGGAGCGGGCGCCGCAGAGCCCCGUCACCUUCUUCGACACGCCGCCCAUGCUCUUCGUCUUCAUCGCUCUGGGCCGCUGGCUGGAGCACGUGGCCAAGAGUAAAACCUCGCAGGCUCUCGCCAAGCUGAUGUCGCUGCAGGCGACUGAAGCCACCGUGGUCACGCUGGGGGAGGAUCACUGCAUCGUCAGGGAGGAGCAGGUGGCGGUGGAGCUGGUGCAGAGGGGGGACGUGGUGAAGGUGGUCCCCGGGGGGAAGUUCCCGGUGGACGGGAAGGUGAUCGAAGGCAGCUCCAUGGCGGACGAGUCUCUGAUCACAGGGGAGCCCAUGCCGGUCAGCAAGAAGGCGGGCAGCCUGGUGAUCGCCGGCUCCAUCAACGCCCACGGCGCCCUGCUGGUGGAGGCGUCCCACGUGGGGGCGGACACCACCCUGUCGCAGAUCGUCCGGCUGGUGGAGGAGGCGCAGACCUCCAAGGCCCCCAUCCAGCAGCUGGCGGACAGACUGAGCGGAUACUUCGUGCCGUUCAUCGUGCUCGUCUCGCUGCUCACGCUGCUCGCCUGGCUCGCCGUCGGCUUCGUCAACUUCGACAUCGUGAAGGAGAACUUCCCGGGCUACAACCAGAACAUCUCCCAGGCGGAGGUGGUGGUCCGCUUCGCCUUCCAGGCCGCCAUCACCGUGCUCUCCAUCGCCUGCCCCUGCUCGCUGGGCCUGGCCACGCCCACCGCCGUCAUGGUGGGCACCGGGGUGGGGGCGCAGAACGGGAUCCUCAUCAAGGGAGGGGAGCCGCUGGAGAUGGCCCACAAGAUCGGCGUGGUGGUCUUCGAUAAGACGGGGACCAUCACCCACGGCGUGCCGCGGGUCACGCGGGUGCUGGUGCUGUGGGAGGUGGCCCGGAUGCCCCUGAGGAAGAUCCUGGCGGUGGUGGGCACGGCGGAGGCCAGCAGCGAGCAUCCGCUGGGCACGGCGGUGGUGCGGCACUGCCGACAGGAGCUGGGCACCGACACCCUGGGCUACUGCUCACACUUCCAGGCGGUGCCCGGCUGCGGCAUCAGCUGCACCGUGUCCGGACUGGAGCACCUGCUCCACGGCCCCCAGGACCGCGCCUUCCCGUUGCCCGGGGCCACCACGGACCACAGCAGCCUGCUGUCCAACCCGGAGGAGCCCGGGGCGGCCCUGGCCGACACCGACGCGGCAAGCUACGCUGUCCUGAUCGGGAACAGGGAGUGGAUGAGGAGGAACGGGCACCACAUCGGCGCCGACGUGGACGCCGCCAUGACCAGCCACGAAACCAAGGGCCAGACGGCCAUACUGGUGGCCAUCGACGGCGUGCUGUGUGCCAUGCUGGCCGUGGCGGACACGGUGAAGGCGGAGUCUGCGCUGGCCGUCCACACGCUGCAGAGCCUCAACAUCGAGGUGGUGAUGAUCACCGGGGACAACCGGCGCACGGCCAAGGCCAUCGCCGCUCAGGUGGGGAUCAGGAAGGUGUUCGCUGAGGUGCUUCCGUCCCACAAAGUGGCCAAGGUGCAGGAGCUGCAGGAGCGCGGUCUGCGCGUCGCCAUGGUGGGGGACGGCAUCAACGACUCGCCCGCCCUGGCCCGCGCCGACGUCGGCAUCGCCAUCGGGACGGGCACGGACGUGGCCAUCGAGGCGGCCGACAUCGUGCUGAUCCGGAACGACCUGCUGGACGUGGUGGCGAGCAUCGAGCUGUCCAAGAAGACGGUGCGCCGCAUCCGCAUCAACUUCCUGCUGGCCCUCGUCUACAACAUGCUGGGGGUCCCGGUGGCCGCCGGCGUGCUGAUGCCCGCCGGCCUGGUGCUGCAGCCGUGGAUGGGCUCGGCCGCCAUGGCGGCCUCGUCCGUGUCGGUGGUGCUGUCGUCGUUGCUGCUGAAGCUGUAUAAGAAGACGUCGGCGGAGCUCCACCAGGUGCGGGCUCGGGGCCACAUGAGGAGCCUCCGCUCCUCCCAGAUCAGCACGCACCCCGGCGUGGACGCCCGCCACAGUGGCCCCGCCUCCGGCGGCGACGUGGCGCUGAGGCCUCUGGGCCAGCUCGCCGCUGCCUCGGCGCCCAGCUAGGAGCGUCCGGCAGAGAGAGGAGUAAAGGGAAGCAGCGGCGUGGAGGAGACCCCGACACGCCGCGCCGUCUUCAUAAAUACAUGAACAACGUCACUGAACUGUAACAAAGGAUUGAACACAAACACUCAUCAAGGCCGCGUGAAGGAGAAAUGCUCCAUCCGCUGUUCUUCUGGAGGCGGUAUGUCCACGUGUGGCCACCAGGGGGAGCUGCUGCAGCACAAUGAGUGUGACUGCUGCUGGACCUGAACGUUUGCAGAUUAGUGUGUCAGUCUGUUUUAAAAGUACGCAACAAGGCCGAUUUCUUUGUUUUUUGUUGUUUCAGAAAGGCGUCUGGGUUUAAGAUCAGGAACAGGCCUGCUUCUAGAGCGGGCUCAUAUUUAUUGAUGAUGGAUCAAUUCUCAAGUCUGCAGAAAUGUUUUGGUUUGUCCCAUUUAUGGGAAAAUGCAUCCAAACUGAUCAGGAAGGGGUUUAUCGUGCAGCAGGACAAUGACCCGAAAAGCAAAGGGGGGCGGCGGAAAGUGGAAAGUUCAGCCUGACCUAAAUCCGAAAGAACCUGAAUUUCACCAUGACCAGAGGAGACUGAAGGGAAAAUCCCCCAAAAACGAACCAGAGCUGUCAGGAGCUGCGCUGAGCGGCCUGGAGCGGCGUCGCAAAUGAAGAACGCAGCAGUUCGGUGUGUCGACGGGUCUCCGGCUUCAGGCCGUUGCUGCAAACAAGAGUUAUAACACCAAAUAUGAAUGUUAUUUACUUUAGGAUUAAAUGGUUGAAUAGUUUUUGCUCAGUGGUCAGACACAAGCAGCGAUGAGUCUGAAGUCGAGUCACACAUCGAGAUGUAAAUACCAGGAAAUGAAAUGUCUGGAAACUGGUCUUUUUGUUGAAGUUGUUGUGGAGGGGACUCCAGGGACUGUCAGAAGAGUUUUAGUUUACGGUUAACUCAUUUUAACUAGUUUUAGGCUGUUUCUUAAGCGAAGAAGAACAAUUUGUGGGCAUUUUUCCUUCCUGUCGGAUUAAUUAAGGCAGCUCAAUAUAACAAGAUCGUUUUUCUACACUCUGAAACAAAUCUUCGUUUAGUCUUAAAGUGGAUUUUAACUGCAAUAUAGACUUUCCAGCGAACAGGAGGCAGAAAGUUAGACAGAUCACACUGUGGUCUUCACAGAUGCUCGUCUCCUCACACACCUCGGUUUUGGCUCGUGGCUGAUUGAGUUUCUGUCAUCUCCACCCAGUCUGUCCAUUCACCUUUGACCUCUGGAGUCAACAAAGUCCCAAAGAACUGCUGCUCACUGGAUACUUUCAUGCUGUGAAAAGGUUCAGAGUCACUUAAACCCUCUGUCUUCAUCUUUCUCGUGCUCAUUCUGAACCUUAGCAGCUCUUUUUUGCUGUGUUUUUGUUGUUGAAA